UUUCAACGCCAAGAAUCUUCGCAUCUUUCUUUGACUCUGAUUGUCUGAGGUAGACUUUAUACCAUAGAAUCCAUCCAUAGACAUACUACCAUAGACUAACAUAACCUCUUUCUUUAUCCGUCAAGCUUUGUAACACAAGGCCCAAAAAUGACGAACUCCAAGGGUUAUCGUCGCGGAACCAGGGAUUUGUUCGCCCGCAGAUUCCGCACUCAUGGAACCAUCCCGCUGUCCACGUACAUGAAAGUGUACAAAGUCGGCGACAUCGUUGACAUCAGGGGUAAUGGUGCAGUCCAGAAGGGUAUGCCCCACAAAGUCUACCACGGAAAGACUGGCCGUGUAUACAAUGUCACACAGCACGCUCUUGGAGUGAUUGUGAACAAGCGUGUCCGCGGAAGGAUCCUACCCAAGCGCAUCAACGUCCGCAUUGAGCACAUCAAGCACUCCAAGUGCAGACAAGACUUCCUUAAGAGGGUGAAGGAGAACGAGAGGCUCCUGGCUGAGGCCAAGGCUGCUGGCAAGAUCGCUAACCUUAAGAGACAACCUGCCGGACCUAAGCCCGCUCACAUUGUCAGUGGUACUGAGAAACCAGUGCUAUUGGCUCCCAUCCCCUAUGAGUUUGUAGCUUAAAGGAAAUAAAAAAUAUUUUUAAGGA